AUGAUUUACCAAAUGAACACUGUUUCCUUGGGGCUGUUUCCUAACAAGGCCUUCGACUUAGUUGAGACGGAAGCGGUCAUGGAAGUCUUGAACAAGGAAGGCGUCCCUACUCAGUACAUAAAGGUACUUCGAGAGUUGUACAGUAACUUCACGACAGGACUUUUACCAUUCUACAAGAAUAUCAUCACUGGUGUGAAAAGAGGGGUCCGGCAGAGUGAUACAGUCUCGCCUAAAAUGUUCACGACUACCUUCGAGAACGCAAUGCGAAGGUUGGAAUUGGAUGACAUGAGAGUGAAGGUCGACGGCAGCUACACUAGCUACACUUUGCUGAUGACAUCGUACUGA